AUGAAGAGUAAAAAGACAAAGUGUAAAAAGUUCUGUUGGGAGCAGUAAACUUGUCAUUGCUAAAAUUCAACGAAUUAAUUAUAUGUAUGUUUCAAUUAUUCCUUUUCCGUAUCUCUCUUCUUGAUGUAAUUUACGAGGGUUGUUAUUUUAAUUCUGUAUUGCCGGUAUGUAUACAAAGCCGGCUUUGUACUUCUGCGGCGUCGCACGACAGUCUGAGCGCGCGAAACACGCUGUUAUCUGUAUGCUCGUGUGGAAGGAAGGUUGUGACAAUAUUUUAAAACGCCGUAAAUGAGGGCUAUAUUUCUGCGCAGAAUUGAGCGGAGAUGGAUUUCGUACUGGAACGUGAUCAGGAAAGAAUUGUCCUUGAAUGUGGCAAAUCCUAUUCUUGUGGCAGAGGUCUUGAGAACACAAUUAUAUGCCGCAAUGUACAAGUAUCUCGUAAGCAUUGCAUUUUUCUCCGUACUGCAGAAAAGUUAUUUGUCACGGAUUUGAAGAGUUCAAAUGGAAUUUUCAUCAAUGGUAUAGUACAAGAAUCUUAUAAAAUGGUGCAAUUAUCUCCAAAUGAUAUUGUUGGAAUUGGCUGUCCAGAUAUCAGUCCAGAUGACGAUAAAUCAUUUGUAUAUAAAGUUUGCGUUACAAAGACAUCUGAUCUGGUUGAAGUAGCGGACACUAGUGAUUUGUCAUCAACAGUUGCAAUUGGUGAUACACCGACAUCUCAGAAACAAUCAAAUUCCUAUCAAGAUUAUGUGUCCGGGGAAAAACGUAAGAUUUCUCCAAACAACUGUAAUUUGACAAUGCCAUGUAAAGUACCAAAAUACACAAAUAAUAAUUGUGUUGAUCUUCCAGAAGAAAUUAAUUCUUGUAGUUUUGGUGGUCCCAGUACUAAUACAAACAUUUCAAACAAUGAAGACAUCUGUAAUAUAAGUAAAGAAAUUGCAUCUGAAAUUGCAGUAUGUAUAAAGCAAGAAAAUGACGUUGAAAUAAUUGACGCAAUAUUCCCCGAAAAAAAAGAAUGGAACCUUGAAGAUAAGAUUUUUAAAUAUGAAACAUACUUAAAAAGGAAGAUCAAGUCAGAACGCCAAACUGACGAGAUGGAUAUUGAUAAAGACGAUAAAAGUAACAGUAAGAAUGGCAAGUCUGUUAACAAUAUACGUGCCAUAAGAAAAAACACCAAUAACUUUGGCAGAAUAAAUAGCACAUUACAUUCGAAGGAAUCAAGAUUUGUGCAUUAUGAUGACAAAUCAAUCAAGUAUGAAGAUGACUUGCAACUAACGGAUGAGGAUGAAGAAGCACUUUUAGCAGCUUCCAAAACUAAAGCGACAGAUAAGACGACACCGAUGAAAUUGAAGAAAAUUAAACAUGAAUCGAAAACCCGAUUCUCGGAAGUCGAUGUUGUCGAUCUCAGUGACAGCGAGGACGGGGUAUUCCCGUACUCCCAACUUUUCGAUAUUAAAUUCGAAGACAAUGUGAAGCAGGACGUGGAAAUUAAACAAGAGUGUGUCGGUACCGACACCGAGAAAGUUCAUCCGUUGGACAUAGUUGACAAUGUCAUCGUAUUGACGGACAGCGAGGAUGACGAUAAUCCAUGGUUACAUCGAUUAUCCAGAAGUCAACUGAUCAAUGAAGACAAAAAGCCCGAUGUAGUCAGUUCGAUUGUAAAGGAAGAGAUAGAUUUGGGGAUUUGGCAAGAAGAUGAUAUCGCCAAAAUAAUGGUCCGAAGCCCGAUACCGGGUACCUCUAAAGACUUCCAAGACUUUAGUGGGGUGGCUGGUGCACGGUUAACUGAUGCCCCCGAAGAUUCUGCCUGUGAAGAAACAUCUUUUGAGUGUCGUACAAGUACAGAGAAGAAGAUUAAACGCGAAGACUUCAGUAAUAUUAAGACAGGAACGGACCCGAUGGAUAUAGAUGACGUUGAUGUGUUCAACGAGCUUAGUUCGGAGAAUACGGAUCAUUCAGCCGGACAAAAGGCGGGUGAAAGACACAACGCAGAACUCUACAAACAAGCGGAAACAUCUAGCAGCACGUCGUCUCCGGUCUCCGGUGCAAAAUCUAGAUCGAAGUUUGCCGCAGCGAGGAGAAGAGUUAUUUCAUUGAUAGAGGCGCCACAUCUACCUCCAAAACGAGGCCGAGGCAAGAGCAGUGAUCGUAAGGAUUCCAGCAGAGACCGUAACAAGACGUCGAAAACAUCCGAGGACAAGUCGCCGUCUGGUUCGACAAUAGAAGAAAGUAGAAUGCAGCAAUUAAAGGAAAAACUCGACGAUCACUUUUACAGCAAGGAACAGAAGCAAAACAAAGGAUCGUCCAAAGAGUCGUCGGAUCAUACUGUAUCGAGCAUAGCGAACCGGCCAUCCAUUUCUAAACAGGAGAAGAAAAUCAUAAUGGAGGAGAGAAAAGCGAAGCUGAAGAGGAUCGCCGAGGAGGAGAAAUUGGCCGCCGACGGUAACAAGAAUAUUAAACGCGGCACCGCUAAACCGAGGGUCAAGGUGUCGCUGAAGAAUCGGGGUGAUUUCCUGUGCGAGGAACGAGAGAUGCGUGCAUCCAAAUCGUCUUCGAGCAAAUUCGCGGAGAGAGCGAAGUCGAUCGUCUGCAAGAACGCGGUGAAUAACAUGGCCGCAACGCUGGAACAGUCGUUAAACCUGAACAAUAUGUUGGACAUAGAUGAGUUGCCCGAAAAGCAUGACGACACGGCGGAUUCGAGCGUGAUCGGGAAAAAGAAGAAACACAACAAUAGCAGAGUGAAAGGGAACAAAGUGGCCGAGAAUAUAAACGGUGGUGAAACGGCGGUGUCUAAAUCACCCGAAAAAUCCAGGGGAUGUGCUUCCAUUUUGCGGCAGGAGAAGAGACUUACGAAAACUAAGAAGAAGAAGGGCGUGACGUUCUCCCCGAAGGUGGACGUAAAAGAAUACGAAAUUGAAUCGAAGAACACGCUGAAGAAAUUGGUCGGGAAAGACGCGCCGAUACCUGUGGAAAAAUUAGUCAAAGCGGAGAAAACCACUCCGGAGUGGUACCCGAAGCUAGAAGAGUACCUGUUGCGCAUCUUCAUGUGGAACCCGGUGUGGCUUGAGGAACAACGCUACCUGAACAGUGAGCCACCGGUGGUGCGGGACGAAGAACUGCAACCUAUGAAGAUACAUUACGAAUCUUUUCGACAUUAUUACAACGUGGCGUUGCCUCUCCUGUUACUCGAGACGUGGCACAAGAUAUACAAGGAUUUCGAGAUAUUCGAGAAGAACGUGCAACAGCCGACCAUGAUGUGCUCCAUCGUCAAGAAUAGUAUUACACGUACUCCGAUCCCGACGACCAAUCACUUCCUGACAACUCUCAUGCUCGAGGUGUUGGUCACAAAACAGGACGAAGCGAGGAAUAUAUACCCGCAGUUCGGCGAUUUAGUGUCUUUCGAGUACGUUCAGUACAUGAACGGCAGGCAGAUCUUUCACAAAGUGUUCGCUUACAUCACUCAAAUUUAUCGAACGACCAUCACGGACUUCACGCGUUACAACAAGGAAUUGGAGAAUUACGUGAAGAAUCCACACACAUUGAUAUCGUACACCGUGCAAACGCGACCUAUCGAGCACGAUAUCCUCCUGACUAGAUUGAAUAGAAUGCGCGCGGUGAGGUACCUAAGGCCGGAAAUGAGAAUGGUGCAAGCGGUGCAUUACCUACCUCAGUCGCCUCUCUUGAAGCUGAUCUUGAAUCCGAAGUUCGAGGACUGCAGUCUGCCGCCGAUGAAUCCGUCGUUCACCUGUAAUUCGCUCGUUACGAAGGACAAUCUGAAUCCGAAGCAGCUGGAAGCUGUAUUCAGGGUGACGGAGACUGUGACGAAAAAGGAGCCGAAGCUCUGCUUGAUUCAAGGCCCACCAGGCACAGGUAAGUCCAAAGUGAUCGUGAACCUGGUGACGCAAAUAUUGUACGGCGAGCGCGAGCCUAGGAACGACGCGAAAGUCGGCAAGCACAAGAUCGAUAAAGCCCAAGAAAAGUCGAAAACCAAAAUUCUGCUGUGCGCACCGUCUAAUGCCGCCCUUGACGAAGUCGUGUUGAGGCUUAUAGCCAUCAGACCGAGCUUGAAACAAAAAUACAGUUAUGGCUUUAAUUUGGUACGCAUCGGCCGGCAGGAACACAUACAUCGAGAUGUGAAAUGUGUCUCCUCGUCGGAACUGGCGAGACGAUUUUUACAAAGACUCUCGGAAAACGCGUGCUGCUAUUCGAGCAACAGUACGACCAACGUUCGAAUGGAGCUGAUGACACUGAAGACGAAGAUAGAUUCGUUAAAAAAUGAACUCACUUUGAAUCUGACGGAGGCGAAGAGAAGGGAAUGCAAGAGAGCAUUAUCUGACGCGGCCGCGAGAUAUGAACUGUUGCAGACCGGCAGGUUGUUCCACGAUGUCAAUGUGAGGGACCGCGAAAGGUAUCAACGCUACAACGAGGAAGUUAUCAUCGCGGGCGCCGACAUAAUCGCUUGCACGCUAGCGUCCUGUUACACCAAUCAGAUGGAAUCGAUCUUCGGCCCUAACCGGGAGAGGCUCUCCUUCUGCAUCGUUGACGAAGCGACUCAGAGUUGCGAAGCGGAGACUCUGAUACCGUUAAUGUUAGGGAUAGACACUCUGGUCCUGGUGGGUGACCCGAAUCAGCUACCAGCGACUGUGCUGAGCCAGCGUGCGAAAAAGCUAGGCCUGGAUCAGUCGGUGUUCUCGCGGAUGGAACAUGCUUUUGCCUUGCAAGAGAACAAUCCUAUAAUAACGCUCGACACGCAAUAUCGGAUGCAGUACUUCAUCUCGUACUGGCCGAAUAAAUAUUUCUACGACAACAAGUUGAAAAACUCCGUCGAGAACAGACUGGCGUUCCCGUUUCAUUCGUACAGAGUGCUGAAUCACAAUUCUGCGCAGAAUAAUGACAAGUUCUCCAACACCAAUGAGGCGGAAUUCGUGUCAAAUAUGAUCUAUACCAUGCUGAGAUACGCCAAGUGGGAAAAUACAAACGAUCCGAUCUCCCUCGGUGUUCUUACGCCGUACAACAAUCAGAGAUCCGUUAUGACGGAUAAGAUUAAUGAGAAGAUAUCUAACUUGCCGGACUUUACAAAGAGAAAGAUCACCUACGAAGUUAAUACGGUCGAUGGUUUUCAGGGUCAGGAGCGAGAUAUUGUAAUUAUAUCUUGCGUGCGAAGCCACGGCAUUGGUUUUCUAUCCGACAAACACAGACUUUGUGUGGCCCUCACGAGAGCUAAGCAUAGUUUGAUACUGUGCGGAAAUUUUAAUACGUUUAUGAGAGAUCCAAUGUGGAACUCAUUGCUCUCUGAUGCAAGAUCUCGUGGAGUUUUAUGUGAUGUUAACGCCAAUGCGCCACCUGUCGUAAUCAAACAAUUCGUCGUUAAAUAAAGGACUUUUAUUUGUUGUAAAGGACUUUGUCGUUAUAAAGGACUUUUAUUGUUUUUUUUUUUUCUAUUAUUGCGGUGUUAUUGAGGAAAAUAAAAGAAAACUUAUUUGUGUUCAAAAACGCUGUAGUCGUUGAAAAAAAUGAUCGCGUCUUUCCAUAUAUCAUUUUUGUAUAUAUUGUAAAUACUAAGUACUUAUUACUAAGUACUUAUUACUAAGUAUUUACAAGAUAUACAAAACUGAUGUAUGGAAAAACGUGAUUUUUUUUCAACCAUUACAGUAAUAGCGAUUUUGAACACAAAUAAGUCUUUUAUCUUCUACAAUAACUCCGCAAUAAUAGAAAAAAGAUUUAGUUAGAGGUCACAGUAUCCUAACAGGAGUAAAAAUUAAAUAAAAUUUGUAGAGUUGUAGAAAGUUGUAAAUUAAUAGGCGUAUGAAUUUUUUGUUAUGUAUAUCUAUUAAAUGCAUUUUUAACAAUAUCUUGAUAUAAACAGAUGAAAUUUUAUGAUGAAUAUAACAUCACUGUGUUCAUUUCAUUUCUGUUCAGCAAAAGUUUACGCAUCUCGGUAACUAUCUUAGUCUCAACGGAAGUGAUACGUCUGAAAUCAGUAUCAAUAUAUUUUUUUAUUCAUCAGAGUUAUAAUUAUUGAUUUACGGAGGCUUCCUGCAAAUUUUAAAAUCAUUUAAUUAUUUUACAAUACAAUGCAUUUUUCAGUGAAAAGAUUAAAUUUGAUUGCUUACUACUCCCAUUUCGGGAAAUAGUUCAGGAUGUUCUGAAAUCAGUGUCAAUACAUUUUUUAUUCAUUAGGUUUAUCAGCUUAGCGGAAUAGAUUUAAAAAAACAAUAAUAUUUCCCAAAAUAGGAGCUAUAAAUAAUUAAAUUUAAUCCCUUCACUGCAAAAAAUUCGUGCUUGUAAAAUAAAUAAUUAAAUAAUGAUUUUGAAAUUUACAGGAAGCCUCCGUCAUCAAUUAAUAACUG